GGAGUCAUCAAUGCGGGCAACAAAGACUCAUACCUGGAAGCUCUACUUGACAUGGCAACGACCUAUGUUUAAACCCACAUCUUCACGCCUUCUCUCUGAGAUAUAUCAACUCCGCCCCACUCAACGAUCUCAGCGAACAGUCCAUGUUUCCGCCAAACCUACUCGACUCCCUUAUACCAGAAGCACCCCGCUGACAAUAAACACUCCGGUCUGUCGCUUGCGCCCAACAGUGUGCAAUUAUUCCAUGAACCACGAGAAACCGAUAAAUUCUUCUCCCGAGCGAGCUACCAAAAGAAGGCGUCUUUCUAAUCCUACUUUGCGCAAAAUUCCCUUUAACAAGAUGGCCAAGACGCCUGAUCAGGCGUUUCCCACAAUCCAGCUCACCCCCCUCGAGAACACCUUGAAGGCCCUUCUCCUAGAUGUCGCAGAUUAUAUACGGGACCGAGCAAUCACAGAAGGAGGUGACGAGGCUGACAUCCCACGUACGGUACUACGGUUCACAGGAGGCUGGGUGCGGGAUAAGCUACUCGGCAUCGGUAGCCAUGAUAUCGAUGUGGGCAUAAAUAAUAUGACAGGCUAUCAGUUCGGUCUCCUGCUCAAAGAUUACCUAGAUAUCCCAGAGAACCUAAACAGGUACAAGAAGAAUCACCUCAAUGGCGAGCUCAAGGAUGCGAUCGUUAGUCUUCACAAAAUCGAGGCUAAUCCAGAGAAGUCAAAGCAUCUGGAAACAGUGACCACUAAGAUCUUUGGAUUGGAUAUCGACCUGGUCAACUUGCGGAAGGAGACGUACUCGGAUGAUAGUCGUAAUCCCCAGAUGGAGUUUGGCACAGCUGAGGAGGACGCAAUGCGCCGGGAUGCGACGAUCAAUGCCCUUUUUUAUAAUUUGAACGAGUCUAAAGUGGAGGAUUUCACGGGAAGAGGCUUCGAAGAUAUGAGGAACCAGAUUAUCCGAACCCCUUUAGAACCAUAUCAGACGUUCAAGGAUGAUCCUUUGCGUGUCCUACGGCUCGUCCGGUUUGCCAGUCGAUUGGGUUACCACAUCGAUGAAGAUACAGCGAAUGCGAUGAAAAACAAGGAUAUCAGUGAAGCACUCAAGCUGAAGAUUAGUAGAGAACGUGUGGGAACUGAGAUGGAGAAGAUGCUCAAAGGUCCGGAUCCCCGAGGUGCGCUGCAGUUUAUUGACCGACUUGGGCUAUACCCCACAAUUUUUGCAAACUACCAAGAUGAUGUUGGCGUUGACAUAACCUCCUGGUCUCUUGCAUAUAAUGCUUUGCAGGAGUUCUUACACCCGAAUGAUACUUCGAUACCUACUGCUCGUGUUCGCGAUCUACUCAUUCGCGACGCUUCAGAAACCCACCAUGCUUGGGUGAUCGCCGCAUUCGCUCCUUGGACUACUGUGCCAGAUCGCACACCACAAGGACCAAAGGCAAAGCCACUUCCUCCUCGCGCGGCAGAAGUCGCCAAGGAUAGCCUUCGUUCAGAUAACAAGACGAUUAACUUACUCCGUGAUGCAAGUCGCUUUUGGCGCUCCAUUGUGGACGUGAAAACGUCACUGCUGGAAGACCGCAUGAGUGGCACGCCUGCCGAGAUUCGACAGCAUAUUGGAUUGCACAUUCGUACGUGGCAGAAAGACUGGAAACUUUGCUGUGUCUUGUCGAUGUUACAAGAAGUCUCACAAGGACGCGAUUUCUCGGGAGUGAUCGAAGAGUAUAACAAAUUCCUCUCAUACAUCAUAGAUAAUGAGCUGGAAAACGUCUACGACAUGAAACCCAUUGUAAACGGGGGUGAGAUCAUACAGCACUUUGGGGCUUCGAAAGGACCAUGGAUGAGCAAGGCCUUGGACAUGGUGAUUAAAUGGCAGCUUCUACAUCCAGAGAUCUCCGAUAAGAAAAAGGCACUGGAAGAAUUAUCAAAUAGAAAGGAUGAGUUAGGGAUCGGAUCGAAAUAACUGACCCUAUAAUCAAUAAAUGUCACACACUUAGUGGGAUUAAUUAUCACCAGAAGCCCUAUGGUGUAGAUCUACAACUCACCAAUGGAC